AUGCCGUACAAAAGUCUGCGGCCUGAAGAGCGUGGCAACGCAUUGUCCACAUCUUUCUCAUCUGCAGCGCUUGAAUUCUAUAGUGAAAAGCAGUCUGACGUGUAUACAACAUCUGCGAAUGCGAGGCUUCAAGAGGAUUUAACGCGACAUGCACUAGAACUUCUGUUUCUAGAUCUAACAUGUACCAGGGCCAAAGCUGAUGUCUUGUUGUUAUUAGAUGUGGGAGCUGGAUCCGGAUUAAGCACGAAGGCUGCUCAGAAAUGGUCUCAAGAGAAAAAAAUAUCUGUAUUUACGCUGGCGUUUGACAUCAGUGCAUCAAUGUUGUCUUUGGCAGCGAAGGAGACUCGAUUGUGUACCGAGUUUUACCGUGGCAAUGCUGCACAGAGUUUCCCUAUUCGUUGUGGUAUACUCGAUGGUGCUAUUGGUAUCUCUAUGCUUCAGUGGUUGCAGCCAAGAGGAUUAGAAGUGUGUUUCUCUUCACUAUUUAAACUUCUUUCGGAUGUCCAUGACUCUCGUGUCGUGUUUCAGGUCUAUCCGUCGAGUAAAGCAGAUGUAGACAAGAUGGAAAUGAUUGCUAUACAAAUGGGAUUUUAUCGUGCUGAAGCGUUUAUAUCAUUUCCCCACAUGACAUCAGCAAAAAAGUGGUUUAUUUGUUUGGAAAAACGGAUAAGCUCUCAAACACACCAUGCGCAAGAAGAAAAGCAUGAAUUAUGUAUAUUUGCUAGACGAUACGAUAGGCGGUGUGUGCUACAAUGGCUUGGAAAUCGAGAUGGUAAUGUCAAAGAGAUUUGGAAGCGAGUUGAGAAGGAGCACGUCAAGAUUGCGUGGCACAUUUGGCGGAAGUAUCGACGGUAUCUUGUGAACGUUGAGACUGAUGUUAAAAGUGAUAAAAUAUCCCUAAUUUAUCAUAAGAAGAUGAUGCACACUAAGGCGCAGCAAACGCUAAGCAUUUACCCUAGUGAUGAAACAAUUGGACGUGCAUUGAAAGUGCAUUUUGAAGAAAGAGCCGAAAAGAUUACACUUGAUUUCUUACAACAACAUUCGGCAGAAGUCGUUCGAAUAGUCCAUUCAGCUUACACAGAGGCUAGAAAACGUGAGCUUGCCAUGCAUUUAUGA